AUGUCGCCCAACAUGUCGCUCUUCUCGGUCAAUGCCGUCCUGAUCCUGGCGGCCGACGACUCGUCGCGCAUCCUCGCCAAAUACUACUCUCCUCCUCAUGCUCCUGCCAAUGCCACAGCCAACGACUUCCCUGGCGCAAACCCCUACCCUCAACUCAAGGACCAGAAGGCCUUUGAAAAGGGACUCUUGGAAAAGACAGCCAAGCAGAACAGCGACAUUAUCCUCUAUGACAACCGAAUUGUAGUCUUCAAGAUGGAGAGCGAUGUUAUGCUCUAUGUAGUCGGAGGUGCCGACGAGAACGAGAUCUUGCUCUACUCUGUUGUUUUGGCUCUGCGCGACUCUCUCAAUAUCCUCCUCAAGUACGUCCAAUCUUGCCCCGGACCAGGAUACCUAAUACUGACUCUCGGACCGCAGGNNAACUCUGUCGACAAGCGCACAAUCGUUGAGAACUAUGAUCUGGUUUCACUCGCCAUUGACGAGAUUAUUGACGACGGUAUCGUGCUCGAGACGGAUCCCGUGAUUGUUGCAUCGCGUGUCAGCAAGCCUCCUGUCCAAGACAUCAGCAGUGUCCAAGGCAUCGACCUCUCAGAAGAGGGUCUGCUCAAGGCAUGGCAGUUCGGCAAAAUGAAGUUGGGCGAGAGAUUACGACAGGGUCUCUAG